GGUGGGGGGGGGGCAUCAUGUUGGCCGGUGACCUGCCGUUGGGUCCCUGUUCCUGGACCAUCGCCGCCUCUCUGCUGCUCCUCUGUCAGCUUUCUCAGGGCGAACUUCAAAGAUCUUGCGCCAGGUCCACUUUGGAGACAGACACCGAGAGCUGUCACGAGAUCUGCCCUUGUCGGCCUCCUCCGUUACCCCCUCCACCGCCUCCACCGCCUCCCCCCAGACUCGUGUUUCCCAAUGUAGAAUCAACAGAUUUUCCCCCUUUAAAAUCCUGGUGGACGGACAUGGUCAUAUUAAUCGCCGUGGGAGGUGCAUCGCUUGCUUUCUUGAUAAUCCUCGUAAUUAUCUGCUACAAAGCAAUAAAAAGGAAGCCUAUGCGAAAGGAAGAAAAUGGAACAAGAGGUGCUGAGUACGCAAUGACCCCCCAAAACAGCAAAAGCCAGGACACAAAUAACGCAGUGGUUUAAAAAAAAUUGGGGUUUUUUUUUUAGAAACAAAGAAAAACUGCAGAGAAAUGAUUCAAUAUGUACGGAGGUGUUUUGAUUCUAUCUACACGUUGUGCUGUGUGCAACACUUGACGACGUGUUCCGGGGCUAUAAGGACCUCGUGUCGCAAAAAAAGGGGAUGGAUGCAUCAGUUAUCUCUGAGCAGGGAAAACACUCGGCCCUUCGGACUGUCGAACGGAGGAUAAACCUGCCACUCACUCAAGGCAAAGCCAAGAGGCAAGACCUCACACAAAGGCACAAUCAUUGCAUGCAGUCUCUCUCUCGCUGUUGGACGCAACGACUUCAAGAAUGCAACGACUUCAGCUCCCCGACGGACUCUUAACCGGUUCACACAAGCCGUCUUAAAAAAAAAUAGAGCUCGCUGAAGUGAACGCAGUCUAUUAAAACAGUGAUGACUUACUGUGCUGGGUUUCAGCAGGCAGUGGGGACGUUGAAGCCUUUCACCUGCAUGAUCCAGUGACUCCAGAGCACAGCGAGGUUAUUGCCUAAAAGUUGACAAAGGAAGAAGAUGUAACAAGAACACCAACAACUUGCAUUUAUGUAGUGCGCUUCAUGCUGGAUGGCGUCUCAAGAGCGCUUCUAAGCACUUAUAAAAAUCAACCAUAAGAAAAAUCAAGGAAACCCACAAAAAACAUGACCCUCUCUAUCCCACCUGGAACAUUUGCCGUCUGCUGACUAUGCAAAUUACUUUGGCUGAAGCCAUCUCAUCAACAUGUCUGACUCUCGCUGAAGUUAUCAGGUCAGGUUUGCAAGUGACUAUGAAGACAGGUGCUUUCUUUCCCUCCUCAUUCAUU